AUCGUUCUGCCCGCCGGGUUUUCCCCCCCUUCCUGCCGGCCCUGCCGUUCGUUAGCCGCCUGUUAAAAAGAGGAGGCAAGAUGGCCGAGCUGGGCAGCAAAGGGGUCACCGCCGGGAAAAUCGCCAUCAACGUUCAGAAGAAGCUGACCCGGGCGCAGGAGAAGGUCCUUCAGAAGCUUGGGAAAGCAGAUGAAACAAAAGAUGAGCAGUUUGAACAGUGCGUGCAGAACUUCAAUAAACAGCUGUCUGAAGGCACGAGGCUGCAGAAGGACCUCCGAACUUACUUGGCUUCCGUGAAAGCUAUGCAUGAGGCCUCCAAGAAGCUGACAGAGUGUCUGCAGGAAGUUUAUGAACCAGAUUGGCCAGGGAGAGAUGACACGAAUAAAAUAGCAGAGAACAAUGAUCUCCUCUGGACAGAUUUCCAUCAGAAGCUGGUGGAUCAGGCGCUCCUGACCAUGGAUACGUACCUUGGCCAAUUUCCAGAUAUUAAAUCUCGUAUAGCGAAGCGAGGGCGGAAGCUUGUGGAUUAUGACAGUGCCAGACACCACUUUGAAGCCCUGCAAACUGCAAAGAAGAAGGAUGAAACCAAAAUCGCAAAGCCUGUUUCGCUGCUUGAGAAAGCUGCGCCUCAGUGGUGUCAAGGGAAGCUACAAGCUCACCUCGUUGCGCAAACUAAUCUGCUCCGAAAUCAGGCUGAAGAAGAGUUAGUAAAGGCUCAGAAGGUAUUUGAAGAGAUGAAUGUUGAUCUGCAGGAGGAGCUGCCUUCACUAUGGAAUAGCCGUGUUGGUUUCUACGUCAACACAUUCCAGAGUAUAGCAGGCCUAGAAGAGAACUUCCAUAAAGAAAUGAGCAAGUUGAACCAAAACCUCCAUGAUGUCCUGUUGGGUCUAGACAAGCAGUACUCGGGCAAUGCCUUCCCUGUUAAAGCACAGCCCAGUGACAGCACCCCAGCGAAAGCAAAUAAAAGCCCCUCGCCUCCACCAGAUGGAUCUCCCAUCACCAGCCCUGAGACCAAGACUGUCAACCAUGAUCUGGAACCGUCCACUUUGGAAGCGCCUGGGGCAAGCAUCCCCAAGUCUCCAUCUCAGUUGAGGAAAGGGCCUCCGGUGCCUCCGCCUCCAAAAGUCACCCCCUCCAAGGAGAUCAAGCAGGAGAACAUCAUCAGUCUGUUUGAUGACAAUUUUGUCCCCGAGAUAAGUGUGACAACCCCUUCGCAGUUUGAUGCCCCUGGGCCCUUCCAGGAGGGAGCCAGCCUGUUGGAUCUGGAUUUUGAUCCCAUUAAACCAGAUGCCACUGUGGGGAAGACCCCCACACCCGCCUCCCAGUCUUUACCUUGGGAUUUAUGGGAGCCCGCAGAAGCAGCCCAUGCCGGAGCUGAAGCAGCUGGAUCAGAAGCAGCCGCUGGAGCUGAACCAUCUAAAACUGAAGCUGAUUCAGGACCGAGCUCUCUGCCUGCUGUUGUUGUGGAAACUUUCCCUGCUACCGUCAAUGGCGCUGUGGAAGGAGGCACUUCAUCUGAAAGGGCUGACAUGCCCCCAGGAUUUCUAUUCAAGGUCCAGGCCAUGCAUGAUUACGCGGCCACCGACAGUGACGAGCUGCAGCUGAAGGCUGGGGAUGUGGUGCUUGUGAUUCCUUUUGAGAACCCUGAGGAACAGGACGAAGGAUGGCUGAUGGGCGUGAAGGAGUCUGACUGGAUCCAGCGCAAGGAACUUGACCAAUGCCGAGGGGUUUUCCCUGAGAAUUUCACAGAGCGGGUGCAGUGAAAGCCCAAGCCCACCAGCCACAUUUUUGCUGGAAGAAAGCAAGUUUUCUGGUAGAUAAUUGAAAAGAACAGUGAAAUGAAAAGAAGAAAGAAUUUUAAAGGAACAGAAGCCUGGGAAAAAGUCAACUUAAAGGGUGUGUUCUGCUCAAACGGCAAGGUUUCAGAAGUAAAUUGAAAUUCAAAGUGUUACCAAAAUAUAUACGUAUUAACAAUAAUAAGGCAAGUCAAAUACCCUCUUCCCCCUUUGGUUUUAAGAGUAUUUGGAUUGAGGACUGAUGCAGAAGCAACUCAGUGGUUCUCUGAAUACUGCAUUGACUGGAUUGGUGAGAUGUCAGUCUGAUCCCUGGAAAGGCAGUAUUUGUAUGAUGGCUUGAGAGUAGAAGCUGCAUUUGCUCUUGGGUUGGUUCAUCUGUUUUGUCUUGAAGGUGGCUUGCAUGGCAACCAUAAAAAUUCAGCCUUUCCUAUGUGUUCAACCUACAGUAGGCCAAAAUUUCUGUUAUGCUGUUGAAAAAAAAUAUUUAGUGUAUAGUGUUCACCAAUACAAUGUAUGUGUGUGUGUGCGUGUGUGUAUUUUAUUUUCUUCCUUUAAAAACAAUGUUACACAAACUGUGAUUUUGUACAUGUAGAGACAGAAGAAACUACAUGGAAAGUGCGUGGAGAAGAUGAAACGUGUGAAGCUGUGCUCAGUCCAGUUAGGUCUUUCAAAUGCAGACACCUGAAUUCUCAUAGUAGUGUUGGCCUGUGAAAUGCUGAGAGAAGCGGGCAAAGUCAAGAGAAGAAACAAGACAAAACAAGCAGAUGCCAUUUAGAUGGCUCUGAAAUUUAGGAGAAGGGAUUCUCUGCCCCCCAAACCCUGCAGGCAGUUUCAGAAAAGCUUAGAUUCACGUAGAUGAAAGAUAGCUCUAAAAUCUGACUGGUUAGUAAAUUUGCUUUUAAAGAAAGAGAUAAGGGAAGACUUGAUUCCUCCUCCCUCCCUUCCCCCCCCCCCCCCCGCAAGAAUGCCUAAGAAAAAACACUGAGUCAAAACCAAUUUGCUUUCCGUGUUUUUAAUUGGCAUUGUUAUUUGUGGAAUUGUAUUUCUUAUUUUCCUUUGAAGAAUUCUGUAAGUGAAAUAUUGUUAGAUCGGCUUUCUCCAGUGCUGUGCUGGUGAUCAAGUUAACUUCUAUGAAAACUGGACUCUUGAAGUACUCAUUUAAAAUGGUUGCAUGACUUCAUAAUAUUUUAAUGCAUUAGAAAGGAAGGCAAGAAUAUCAGAGUGUCAGUGUCGAGAAGACACUCUGCAGUCUAAUACUGAUGCUGAGACCUUUCCUAUACUUUUCCUUUGCUUCUAUUUGUUUUUGAGUCUCGUUUUUUUAGUUUAAGCAAACAGAUGACAAGGCUGUUUCAAAGUGCAUAUUACACUUGUUAAAAUAAGCUGGUCUGACCCUCCAUGACUCUAAAGUCCCACAAAGGUACUUUAAACUUUACUUGAAUACUGAUGCAGCUGGCAAGCAGGUCAGGCUAUUACCAUUUCUUAUGUGCCCCUCUCCCCCCCGAUCUUUUUGCCUUGAAUGGAUUUUUAACAGUGAGGUUACUUCCUGCUGUAAAGGGACAGGAUCACUCUCUGAAAUAAUCUUCCUAACUGUUAGGAACUGGCUUUUGUCAGAGAUGCACGAAAUGCUGACACAUACUACUGAAAAUCCCACCUUUCCAACCUGUUUUGAUUAUUUGUAAGACAACAGAAAAACAUUGUAGGGCAGAAGUGGAGGGCUUUGUUUUGGUGUGUGGUUUUAUUUUAUUUUAUUUUAUUUUAUUUUAUUUUAUUUUUAUUUUUUUAAUAAUUUUAGUUCAGAGGGACAGAUUAGGUUUUGAUUAGAAAAUAAAUUCAUAUAAAUGCAAGAAUUGUUGGAGUUCCUCCUGCUUUCAGCCUGGGGAGAUGAUCUGUGUUAGUUAUUUACAGCAAUGUGACAGGCAUCAAGAUCUGUCCUAUAUACCCAAUCCUCCCCACCUUUUUUUUAUUUUUUAUUUUUUGAUUAAAAAAAAGCCCAACAUGCAGGAAUUUAUAUUUUACAUCACUGUUACAAAACCCAGUAGUAUUUAGGAGCAGCUGCUCACAGUACAGAAGGACUGGACUCCACAAGUUAUAGUAGUGUGGUGAGUUGUUGCUUUAGAAUACUGCCUUGUUUGAUUUUUAUUUUUUUUUUUUUUUUUGACUGGGAUUGUCUUUAUUAUUACUCUUUUUUUUUUUUCCCAAAAUAUCUAUUUUUAUGCAUUUGACUCCCAUUACUCCUUUAAAGAAUAUUCAUAGAAAAAAUAUACAUUUAAAUAUACAUAGAAAAAUAUAUAUUAAAAAGCAGGUUGAUCCAAUUAACAUAAUGCUGUCAGUUAAAAAUGUUUAUUUUUAUGCAAAACCUGUGGAUUAUUGUUUUUUAAAAAACAAAGACAAGAUUCUAAGUACUAGAGCUGUGAUUUUUAUUUUUUUUUUUUUGUCUUGCAAGUAAUUGUUGUAGACCAUUUACAAAGCUGUGCUGAUACCUAAUUUAUUGUGGGUAUUUUUUUUCCUGUUUUUGUUGUCUUCUGCUGUGUUUGAACCACAUGACUGUCCCAACAAAGAUCCUUAUAAGGCCUUUUCAUUUUAUUGAGCUUGCAAAGCACCUAUCCAGUACUGUAUUGUCCCUGCAGAAGUGGUAACGCUCUGCAAAAAAAGGGAUGUUGUUUUCAGGUCACAUGAGUGAUGCUCAGAUAUUGCUAGUGGGGAGGAUGCUGCAUGUCUCUCCAUUUGCUUCCCCCUAGCCCAAAAAUCCCAACCCCCGAACCCUUUGCAGAGCAGGUAGGGUGGGUUCCCUGGAUCUUGCAUUGCUUGCAAAUAAGUGGUGUCAGGACAUCGCAGUCAGAUUCUGAAAAUACAGGAUGGGACCCAUAGUUUAUAAAUUGCCUUAUAUGAGAGCAGGGUGGUAUAGCAGGAAGCUUGCAGAUGGCAAUGUUUUUUGAAACCAGGAGAACUCUUGUCUAUCUCCUGGGUCAUGUUCAGCCCAUUGCAAACAGCCACAACUCCUCCUAUUGUCAGUAUUUUUGUGUGCUAAAUAGCUUGAUUGUGGUUGGUAUUACCUGGCGAAAUGAACUUCCCAUUUUCUUUGUCUUAGGACUGAUUCAAAUAGAAAGAGGGACAGUAAACUCCCAAGUAGGCUGUGCCCACGGUGUUUUUUCAGUUUGCAGGCUGAACUGAAAAAUCUAGGGAAAAAAGUUGUAAGGGUGACCUGAGACAAUUUUUUUUUUUCCCUUGGUAGAAUAAAAAAGAGAAGAACCAAAACAUUAAAAAAAUCUUUUCAACCAAACCGAAGCAUUCAUUUGUAGGGUUGCUUUUUUACUUUUUAAAAAACAUUAUGACUUAGGCUAUAACAAGUUGCUUUGAAGCAAAAAUGUGAAACCCUCUCUUUUGAAAAUGCUGAAAGAAAAUGUUUUAAUAGUGCUUUUGCCUUUUUUAUUUAAUCUGAUGACUGGUUUCAGUUAACCCUAAAUGGCAUUUUUUUGUAAAUACAUUACCCACUGAAGAGAAUCCAAAGAAGCCUGUUGCCCAGUUUGUCUCUACUGACAGGUACACUGGACACAUUUCAGGGAUUUUACCCAGUAUCUGGCCCAGCAAAGCUGCUGUUUCCCUGCCUAAUAAUCUUCCAUUUGAUUGUUUUACUGGGUGAACAAUAAUGGCAUCUCUUACCCCGUGCCAUUGACUGGUUUUGUAGCCUGGUUUAGAAAGACAUUCUUGCUCUAUCGGUCUCCGUUUGGUCAUAGAUUUAUGACUAUAGGUUUAUGAUGCUACUCCAAAUUGAGCCUAAUCCCAUUGCGCAGUGGCAGUUAUCCUUUAGCCAACUGAUAAGAAAGAAAUAAGGCAUUGCUUUGUCCCCCUUUUUCUAUCUUGGCAAUGUCAGUAAUAUAUCUUUAUUAGCAUUAGAGAAAGGUCCCAGGGUAAAGAUGAAUGCGUUGUUCCAGGCGAGACUCCUACAUACUCUCUUCUACUUUCCAUGGGCAUUCCUCAGCUGUCUGCUUUUACCAUCUUUAUGUUUCUUGGCUGUGGUGAUGCAGUAAAAGGGAUUGUGCAGGCUUCAUUCCAGCUGCUCAGAGCUAGUCCUUGAAGCUUUGUUCAGAGUUGCAGAAAACUUUCCUGUCUCACUAUCCAAAGACUGUGGCCAAGGCAAACACCCUCAAGUCAAAGGGGUCUCUCUUUAAUGACCUGGUGUGAGGGCUCCAUAUUCUGCCUGGAAUUGGAAUGACAGCUCAGCAACAGACUUUUGAAAGGAAAAGGCCCAAGGAGAUGCUGGGGGAGGAUGGAGGGAUGAUACAUUAUCUCUUUCAUUUUGGGUUGAUGGGCUGACUGCCUCACUUAUUGGUUCCAGAGAGCUCCGGAACCUCUUUAUUUAGUGCCGAGAACAAAAUGUGAGCAGUCAAAGUGUGCAUGGUCAAUACAAUAACAAGUGUCUCUCCUGCAAAGGACACCAAAUUCAGUUUCCUCUUUCCUGCUCUGUGCCAGAUUGUAUGCACUCUGACACCAUUGUAGAUGUUUAGAUGCUGUGCAGUCCAUACCCCAAAACAGUGAAUGUCCUUCGCUGGAGGAUACAGAGGUGCCUCUCUCAGCCCUUCCAAAGAAGAGCUUCCUGUCUUCCACAGACAAAGACUGUGCGCUUCUAACAUAGUAGCCUCUGAUUUCAGUAGCCUCAGUGACUUACAGCAUCUGGACCCACUCUUCAGCUCCUCCUGCUUCCCAGCCUUUCCCAUGCCCUUUAGGGAUGAAGGAGGCAUAGGGCGCUUCCAAGCAGCCUAAAGCGCAACGGUAGAAGAAGCACAAAUAUGCCCAUUGGUAAAUCCUGCACAGUGCAGCUUGAUAAUGCUGAUAUAGGGAAAACAAGCAACAGCUUUUCCUCUCUAGGCUGCCAAAGGGAAGCUACUCCUUGUCACACAGGUACCAUCACACCUAGCACUGGUGCGGACACAUCUCUGCUUGCAUGCUCUGUUUUAGACAUUUCUGAGUCAGAAAUUCUCCUGACUGAAAGGUGUUCUGUGUGGUGCCUAGAGCUGGAUUGUGCCACCAGCCCUUAUGGAGCCUGGGGUCUGUAGCUGGCACAUGGGAAUUAGUAAUUUCGGAAAUUUUGUUUAUGAAACUGAAUGGAGAAGCUACUGCUGCAAAGACUGGUCUAUAUGAACUUGUACUUCGGUGUAUCUUGUGGCUAUAAUUCCUUCACCUGUUUUUACAGUGUAUUCUGCUAAUCCUGUCCCUAGUCUGCAUUUUAUGUAGAUGGUCCCUACUUGAAACUUGCCCCAUGCAGUCCUGGGCUUACUGCUUCUCUUUAACUGAAUCAAAUGGCAGCGACUUUGGCAAUGUAUUGGCAAUCUCUUUUCCUUCUGUUAAAUCAGUCUCUUGAGUUUAACCACAAUGACCUGAAAAUAUUUGGGUUUUGAGUGUUUUUUUAAUUAUUUUAAUUUUGUUUUGUUUAAACGAAGCUGAACAAUUCCCACUGUAUUCAGAGCUGUGAUGCCCAGUUCCAGUGACAAGUAGUAGAUCGAUUUGUCCCAUUUUGUUUCUUGGUGAUGUUCAGAAAUAUAAUUUGUGUCAUCUUAA